AAAUUUUUAUCUUCUCUAAAAACGAACCAAAUCUACUAUCUCCCGCUAUCCCUCAAAAAAUGCAAACUCUACAAACUACUUGUUUCUUCUUCACUUUCCCUUCUCCAAAACCCCUCCGGCUCCUUAAACCCCACAAAGUCAAACUCCCUUUCUUCAACCUCUCUACUCCUUCCAUUCCCCAUCUUACCCUUCACUGUUUCAGUUCCGACGAAUACCCAGUCGGCGACGACGAUGCAUUUCUCCAAGCAUUCGGCCCCAAAGAGAAAGAAUCCGAAGAAGAAGCCCGUCGCAAAAACUGGGUCGACCGUGGCUGGGCCCCAUGGGAAGAAAUCCUCUCCCCCGAAGCGAAGUUCGCUCGUUUGUCUCUCAACGAAGGGGAAGAAGUUGCGCUUCAAUCACCCGAAGCAAUCCAAGCUUUCAAAAUGCUGAGUCCCAAUUACCGUAAAAAGAAGAUUGAAGAGAUGGGCAUAACGGAAGAUGAGUAUUACGCCAAGCAGUUUGAGAUUAAAGGUGAAAUUCCGGAGCCGUUGGGGGAGACUAUGUGGGCUGGGCCAUUGGUGGUGAGUCACGUGCCACCGAGAGAUUGGCCACCGAGGGGGUGGGAGGUUGAUAGGAAGGAAUUGGAGUUUAUUAGGGAAGCUCAUAAGAUGAUGGCUGUGAGAGUUGAUUAUGAUAAUGUGGAGGAAAUGGUGAAGACGGAGACGGAUCAGAUGAAUUUGGAGAGGUAUAAGGUGUUCUUGAAGCAGUAUAAUGAAUGGGUUGCUGCUAACAAGGAUAGAUUGGAAGAAGAAUCUUAUAAGUAUGACCAAGACUAUUAUCCUGGUAGGAGAAAAAGGGGAAAGGAUUACCAAGAUGGAAUGUAUGAACUUCCAUUUUACUACCCAGGACAAAUUUGUGCGGGUAAAGUGAUAGCUAUACAUCUUUAUCAAGGAGCCUUUGUUGACAUUGGAGGUGUUCAUGAUGGGUGGGUGCCAAUAAAGCGAAAUGACUGGUAUUGGAUCCGCCAUCACAUAAAAGUGGGUAUGCAUGUCAUAGUUGAAAUUCUGGCUAAACGUGAUCCUUACAGGUUUCGGUUCCCUAUUGAGAUGCGCUUUGUUGAUCCUAACAUAGAUCACCUAAUCUUUAAUAGAUUUGAUUUUCCUCCUAUAUUUCAUCGUGAAGAGGAUACAAAUUUAGAUGAAUUGCGUCGUGACUGUGGAAGACAACCUAUUCCUAGAAAAGACCCUGGAGUCAAAGUCGAAGAAGAACCACUGCUAUCAAAUCACCCUUAUGUGGACAAGCUAUGGCUGAUCCAUAAUGCUGAACAAAUGAUUCUGGAUGACAUGGAGGCUAAUCCUGAUAAAUAUGAAGGCAAAAACUUGGCAGAGUUGACUGAUGAUGAAGAUUUUGAUGAAGAAAAUAGCACGCAGUACUCCAAAGCCUAUUAUAAGAAAGCAUUGCUUACCAAGAUGACCACAAAAGUUAGUGUAAAAGAGCUCGGCUUGGAAGCUGCACUUGCUGAGCGUCAGCACCAUAAUAAACUGAGAAUGGAAGCACAAGAACGUGGAAAGGUGUACAAAAUUCCGAAGCUGAGACGAAAUAUUGAGAUGGAUGAAUACGAUUUUAUCCAUUGGCGUCGGUCCCUUGAGGAAAGAGAGGCUCUUUUAAGAGAUAUAAGCUGUCGCCGAGCCCUUGGGCUCCCACUGGAAGAGCCUGGUAGGUAUGUAGAUCCAAGUUCUUUCGGAAAAGAUCAGUAUGAUCCUGAAAGUCCAUUGUAUAGAUAUGACUACUGGGGCGAGCCAAAGAACUCAGAAAAGAGCAAGCAGGAGCGAAUGACGGAUGCUCACAAUAAAUCUAUUGUUGGCAAAGGUACUGUUUGGUAUGAGAUGUCAUAUGAAGAUGCCAUCAAGGAGCGGAUGGAGGCCCAAGGAUUUGUGCGGCAGUUGUAUGAUGAAGAUUCUGACAGCGAUGAAGUGAGUACAGACGACGAAGAUGAUGAGGAAGACUUUGAUUACAGCAUCCUAGGCGGCCCAAGUGCAAGUAUAACCAAUCAACCAUAUGUCAAUGGGACUGAAUCUUCUCUGCUAUCGGAUGAAGGAAUGUUUGAAGAUUAGAUGACAAAUAAGACAUUAGCAGCAAUACUGUAUUGAUAGUUUGUACAGCUAGUUACAUUACAUGGAUGCAAUUUUCGUAGAGUUCUUUUUUAUAUGCUAAAGGGGGUCUGAUUUUGUUGCAUCUUAGAGAAAUGUAUUUGUUCUGUACCUUGGUAGAAAACGAAACAAAUUUGUAUUCACUUACAGCCUGUUAGUUAAGUUUUCUACUUCUGGUUCCUAAAA